AUUCCUGAAUUUUCUUUUUCAGAUCCUCCGCUUCACAUGGAGAAGACAAUGAAUGAUGACACUUUACAGCUCCACCCGGUUCUCAAUCUGAACGGACCAAUCAGAUCUUAUGAAAUAAUUGUCUUUGGCGGUAAGGAAGACAAUUCAACAAAGGAGUGUCUGACUUUCACAACCACCCCGUACAACUCCAGCUGGACUCUGAGCCGUUAUACCGCGGCUGUCCUUCCUGCAGAGACCCUCACAGGACCCAGAACCUUCACCCUGGGGGAUGACCACCAUUAUAAUGGGUUCCACAAUGCUCCUCUUAUCCCCAACAUCAACUACACCGUCUACAUUCGGGUCACCAGCCGCUGGAAUCACGUAAGUCUAUACUGAGGUCUUCCUGGUGUGUGAGUGCCAUGAAUGAGGUCUGAUAGUCUCUGUUUUCUGGAGUUUGUAGUGGAAAUGAUAAUUACAGAUUCUUGGUAUGAAUAAGAAUCCAAGUACAAGUUAAUUACAGUAGCUAACAGGC